GGGGCACAGACCACACAGGGAGGAGAUUGGGAUUGAAAUUCCGCUGGUUGGAAGGACGCCCCUUUGCUCCCAAGAAACACACCGAUACCUCCGUCCUGACGCUUCUCAACGCCGUGAUACAUCCUUCGAACCCUUCUCGACCGCAUCACCGUCUCCGAUACCCCAUCGCCUCACUAUCGCCCAACAGCUAGCCCUAGGGUCCUACGCAGUAAAUACAGCAAAAUGGCUUCGACCGACUAUAAGGAGGCUUUCUCUCUGUUCGACAAGAGGGGCAACGGCCGCGUCGCCGUUGAUGCCCUGGGCGACCUGCUGCGGGCCUGCGGGCAGAACCCUACGCUAGCCGAGAUCCGGGAGCAGGAGAAGGUUGUUGGUGGCGCCGACUUCGACUUUGAGAGCUUUCUGAAGGUCCUGAACCGACCAGGCGGCUUCCGUGGCCCCGGCGAGGCCCGUGACUACUACCCCGGUUUCGAGGUCUUCAACAAGAACGAAGAUGGCCUGAUCGAGGUUGGUAGCAUGAAGUACAUGCUGCAGAACCUGGGGGAGAAGAUGACGGACGCCGAGUUCGACGAGCUCAUGAAGAUCGCCAAAGUCGAGACCCGCCCCGACGGCAGGCGGCUGGUUGACUAUGUUGACCUCAUCAAUGUCGUGAUCAGCAACUAGACCACCUUUGUGAGCGAGUGGCAAUUUGCGGCAGCAUCUAUCUACAAAGUCAUUCAUUGGCGGAUGUCAGAUUUUUCCAGCAUGCUUGCAUUUGGCGAGAAGAGCAUUGUACAGUCGUGACUCUAGAGUUGCGACAAGUGUCCAGCCAAAACGGCGAGGACAAGGCGUUCGGGAGGUUGUUUAGUAGCACUGGAGUUACAAUUUGUAUGGAUGAUGAUUGGGUUUAAUGACAACGGGGGUUGGAUCCCCUAGCCAUUGGCUCCGGACCAGUUGGCACUUCGCGCGCGUAGAGACAGCAGCAGUCGAACAUGAUGGCCCCUUGUGCUGUUUCUUUCACAUCUCCCUGUGCCAGUAGUCAUCUCAUGUGGCCCAUUGGCAUAGCUAACCCCGCA